AGAUAAUCCCUACUCUCUCUCCCACUAAUCUCAUAUAUAUUAAGCUUAAUCACCACCCACUUCCACCUCCAUAAUUUGGUACGUUGGUUUCGCAGUCGUAUAUAUCCAUCUCUCGAGAAGUAUUGCAAAUUAAAGAACGAAACAAAAGGUGACACAAAAGUAUUACCAAACAAGAAGAAGCAACGAUGGGACGUCAAGUCAUUGUUCUUGCCCUAGUAUUUGUAGCCAUUACUGGUGUUUUAGCACAAGAGCCAAUCACGUCACCACCCGCCCCCUCCCCGGCCUCCUCCCCUGACGCCACCACCUCACCAUCACCUUCCAGCUCAUCAGCUCCUUCUCCCAGUGGUGAAGACGCCAGCACUCCGGCCUCAGCCCCAAGCCCCGCUAACGAUGUAUCAUCCGCUCCUUCUCCCGACAGUGGCGACGCAGCUGCUCCGGGGACCAAGGCCACCGAUGAGACGCUUGAGAUCGCGGCUGCCCCAGAAGGCGGGGCCGCAGCUGAGGGAACCUCGGACGCUGAGGAGGAUUAUCCCACUGAUGAUCUCUCAAGGCUCAUAAAAACUGAGGAGCUUCUAAUUAUCAAAUUAAUUGAAUUGAUUGAGCUUUUAUCUUUCAUUAUAGAGUCUCUCCAUACGUAGACUUAAUUAUGAAUAAGUACGAGAAAGAUCAUCAACCUGUAUUUUACAUUUUUUUUUCCGUCCUCUCUUGACAUGGAUUUUUUUAUUAUUUUUUUGUAUCCUUUGUACUAGCUAUUUAAUUUGAUCAGUAUAUACUAAUUUCAAGUUAAUCUUUA